AUGGAUAAGCACUCAAAUUUUUAAGAAAGCCAAGAGCUAAGAAAACCUUUAAAUAUCAAUGCUGUAACUGUAGAGCAGUAUAAGAACUGUUUUAUUAUAAAAGCAGAUCCAUUAAUAACAGGCAUUGAUUCUAGCUUAUAAAUUGAUAUAGAUACAGGAAGAAUUUAAGAAAUAAAAAAAGAUUAAAAAUUGCCAUAAAUGGGAGAAGCGCCAAAAGAAAAGAAGGGUUGUGCUUUUUUAGGACUUUUACAUAUUAAAUUCCAUCCAUUUUUAGUUUUUGCUGGAGAAGUUAAACCAAUUUGCACAAUUGAAAACAAUUAGGUUUAUGAAAUUCACUCUAUUUUCUUCAAAGCAUUUCAUAGAUUAGAUUACAAUGAAACAAGCACAGGUAGAAAAGUGCUUAAUUUACAAAAUCAUUUAAAAAAGCUUUUCUCUAGUGGUUUCUAUUUUUCUUAUUAGUUUGAUUUAACUCUUUCUAAGUAGAAAAAAUCCAAAGGAAAUUCUAAAGAAUCUUCUUUUGCUUGGAAUACUCAUUUAAUGAAGGAUUUAUUUUAAUAAAAUAUUAGCUAAUCAUGGUAGCUUUCAUUAAUUUAUGGCUAUGUUGGAUAUUUUUAUACAGUAGUUAACAAAAAGAGAUUAGAUUAUUAUCUGAUAAGUAGAAAAUCUCGCCAUCAAGCAGGAACAAGUGUAAAUGUUAGAGGAUUAGAUGAUGAAGGAAAUGCUGCUAAUUUUGUUGAAACAGAAGUAAUUAUAUACUAUAAUAAAUUCUGCUGCUCUUCAGUAUAUGUUAGAGGCAGUGUUCCUGUUUUUUGGUCCUAGGAGAGCUCAGUAAGACUGAGCUAAUAUGAUGAUAUAACUCACAAUGCAUUCAUAAAACAUUUUGAUUUGCUAAGAGAAUAGUAUGGUAAAGUUAUGUGUUUAAAUUUGAUGAGUAAAAGUAAAACAAAUGAACAAAUUCUUACUGAAGCUUUUGAGAACCAUUUUGAAAAGGCGAAUUUUAAGAAUCAAAAGUAUUAAUAUUUUGAUUAUAAUGGCACUAUUAAAAAUAAUAAAAAUGAUUUAUUUAAUGAUCUACUAAACAAAAAUCUUAAUGCUGUGAUUUAAAACUUUUAGUUUUAUGCAGAAGAUGGAAAAAAUUGGGAAAUAAUUCAAGACCAAAUAGGUGUUUUUCGUAUAAAUUGCUUUGAUUGUUUGAAUAGGUCAAACUAGGCCAUGUUAAAAAUUUCUUUAAAAAUACUUUAACAACAAAUGAAAUGCUUAAAUAUUUCAAUUCCUAAUUUUAAUACUAAAUCUGACUCUGAUGUGCUUACUAAUUUCGAUACAUAGGUUUUAAAUAUGAGCAAUAAUAAGCAGAAAGUGAAUUAAUUUAUAUAUAAUUUAUAAGAAUUGUGGGAUUAGAAUGCUAAUUCGCUUAGUAGAGCGUAUAUUGGAACAGAUGCCAAUACAUCAAAUCAAAAAUAAGGAUUUUUUGCUUUAGUUGAACAAGGUGUAAAAGGCAUCAAUAAGCUCUAUCAAUAAAAUUUUGAAGACUCUGCUAAAUAAGGAAGUAUAGAUCUUAUUUUAGGAUAAACAAUCUUCUAAGAUUUAUUUAAUGAGAAAAUCUUGAAGGUUCUAAAGAAAAGAGAAUAGGAUUUUACUACAUUAAGCAAUUUAAAUGUAUUCUGUAUGACAUGGAAUAUGAAUGGUAAUGAACCAGAUGCUGAAAUGAAUUUUGCAUAAAACAUAUUUAAUUUUGAGAAGUAACCAAACCCUGAUAUUGUUGUUAUUGGUCUUCAAGAAAUGGUCAAGCUAAAUGUGCAAAAUGUAAUGAUGACAAAUAAUGAAAGAAUUAUUUAAACUUGGCUAGAUUAUCUGAAUAAGUAACUAAAUAGCAUAAGCAGCGAAGAUAAAUAUAAAAUGUUAAAGUGGAAAGAUCUUGUAGGUAUUUUUAUGGUGUUAUUCGUUAAGGAACCUUUAGUCAAACGUAUCAAAAGACUAGAAUCUGAAGAGGUAAAAACAGGUUUAGGAGGAAAACUAGGUAACAAAGGUUGUGUUAUCAUAAAAUUUACUGUUGAUGAUUCCAACAUUUGUCUUAUUAAUUCUCAUCUUGAAAGUGGUUUAAAAAACAGUAUGGAUCGUAUUAAAAAUAUUUAAGAAAUUCAUUAGAAGCUACUGUCAUCAGAUUAAAAAAGAAAAGACGGAAAAAAUGAUUUUGACUAUAGAAUAUUUAUGGGUGACAUGAAUUUUCGUGUUUAACUUCCAAAUUCCGAAACUCGUAUUCAGCUUGAUAGGUAUGAAAAUUCUAAAAAGCAUUCUAAAUAAGAUGCACAAACAAUUUUAAGAGAGCUAUUGAAGCAAGAUUAAUUAAAUAUUUUGAGAGAUAAAUCUGAAAAGCACGAUUACUUAUCUAAAUAUCAAGAACACUAAAUAAAUUUCCCUCCCACAUAUAAAUUUGAUGUUGGGACAAGGAGGUACGACACUUCUAAAAAAAAUAGAACUCCUUCUUGGUGUGAUAGAAUUUUAAUUUGGCAUAAUGAAAACCUUUUAAUCAAGCAAUAUUUCUACAAUAGCAAAGAAUUACUACACUCAGAUCAUAGACCAGUAGUUACUUAUUAUAAUCUAGAGAUCAAAAAAAUUGACUAAGAAAAGAGGGCAUAAAUCAUAAAAACUGUUUAUAACUAGUCAGAAGAUGAUAUUGAAGAAAUAGAAAAAAUAAUGGAUGUAUAUAAUUUAACAACAGGUGUUAAUACAUAAACUCUAGGAUCUAAAAAGUUGAUACCCGUAGAAGAAUAUAAUACUAUGGCUAAAGCAAAUGGAAAUUAAGAAGAUAAUGAUAAAAUGUUUUAGUUUUACCAAACUUCAGCUAACUUUUAGCACAAUUUUAACUAACAAUAACAACAAUAAUUCGGUUAAUUUAGUGUUAGUUAAAACUAAAAUGCAAAAGAAAUAUAAAAUAAUGCUUAAAACACAAACUAGUUUUAAUAUUCUGAUCUUCAUAAUAAUAAAGGUAUUUAAACAAUAAAGAAUGAUCUUAUUUUCUUUGAACCAGAUCAAAGCUCAUAAAUAAUUAAUAGCUAGAAUAUACAAAAUAUUGAAUUUAGUGCAGAUUUUAACAACGAAAAAUAUGUUAAUAAUUAAUAUUAAUAAUAGUAGUAAUAAUAAUAAUAUAAUAAUUAGUAAUAUAAUAAUCAGCAAUAUUAAAAGCCAUAAACUUAGAUAAAAAACCUUUUAGAUUGA